AUGGCUACAAGAGCAGCCGCCGUCGUGGGCGCCGCCGGGGCAAGGAAAGCAGGCGGCUUGAAUGCCAAAGCUAUCGCACAAUCUCUCAGUGCUCAAGGGCAAGGCCAGGUCUUCCUCCCACCGACCUCCGUGGCUCGGGUAACGAUAUAUCUCCGUCCAAAUUUGCCUGGACAUGCCAAAACAUUGGUGAAAGAAGCUUUGCCGCGCCUAUCAUACUCGAAUCCGAGCUUACCAGUACAAGUUCAAUAUCUCCCGCGGCGCCGAAGAUCACAAGCCGGCAAGCUGGUUACAGCCAAUGAGGUUGGCUGUGGCAGCGAAGUUGCGCCAGUUGAUUUGGACGUCGGACAGGGUAUAGAAGUCGAGUAUGCGAACACACCCAGCCGGAGAGUCGUCAUCGGCAAAAAGACGGUGUCGCAAAUUAUGCAAGAGCUCCGCGAUAUCACGCGGUGA